AUGGAUAUCGAAGCAAAGAAGUUCGGCCCUGCAGCUUCGACUGAGGCAGACGCAGCCUUAAGUUUCCUUGCCUCAGAAGGAACGGCGGCACGUUCCGAGAUCGAUGAAAAGAAGGUCGUUCUGACUUACGCUACCUCAGUCAAUUAUGCCUCCGGCAUGGGCUUGCUCAAGGAUACGGGCAUGCAGAUAGACCAGUUCUCGAAGCUGGCCUUAGCAUUUUACGUCUCUUACCUAUCCUUCGAGUUUCCAACGGGAUAUCUCAUGCAACGUUUGCCUAUCGCAAAAUACCUUGGGCUGAAUGUGACCCUAGGGGGACUCCUGACUACCUUGAACUGUGCUGCGCAGAAUUAUGCUGGGCUCAUGGAUGUUUGGAAAGCGCAGUUGCUCCGGCGUACCAGACUGAUCUUGAUUACUUCCAUGUGGUACAAGAGGAACGCGAAGGUGUACCUCUCAUGGGUGAGGAUGUUGCUGACCUUUCGCAGAACAGCCUCUGAAGACGAGCCAGACCACAUACCGGCAAAGAUUGCCAUUGUGGCGACGGUCUCGGUAGCAAUCGUUCUCUCCGUCCUGUUGAAGUCCUACUAUAUGUAUCAGAAUCGGCGUCGCGACAUGAAGGGCGAGGGACAGCGUCCGGUGAACUCUGAAUUUUUAGAUCUGACUGACAGGGAGAAUCCGAAUUUCAGGUACAAACAUUGA